GAGGAGACAGAGGAGGACAGAGGAGGAGACAGGAGACAGAGGAGGAGACAGAGGAGGACAGAGGAGGACAGAGGAGACACAGGAGCUGUGACGUUGUCUUUUUUAUUUUUAGCUCCAGAUCCUCGGUUCGUCCAACUCUUCAUGACUGUGAUUAACUCACCACUGAGUCCCACAAAGAAAGAAAGAAGGAAAGAAAGAAAAGAAAGAGAGAAAGAAGGAAAGAAAAUAAAGAAAGAAAGAAGGAAAGAAAGAAAAUAAAGAGAGAAAGAAGGAAAGAAAAGAAAGAGAGAAAGAAGGAAAGAAAGAAAAUAAAGAGAGAAAGGAAGAAAGAGGUCGAGUUGUUUGGAGGAAGCUGAGGCAGGAAAUACCUGAAGAAGAAGAUAGAAUAAACUUCAGAUUAAAGUUGUUAUUGUCAGACUGAGCGUCUCUGUUCAGUAAAUAGUUGUUCUACUAGAAAUGAGUCACAUCCACAGACUGAAUCCUAGAAUCUGAUCUAUGAGACUGAAGAGAAAUAAAUAGCAGAUCUACUUUAAAACCAUUGUUGCUCUUCAUCCAUGUGGAAUUAACCAGGUAAAAUGAUUCCUGCUCCAGGAGAAUAUCUCUCCUCCUCUUCUUCCCACCAUGUUCUCCUCUCUAAGCCUCUUAAAAUGUCCUGGUCUCUGGUCCGGUCCGGUUGAUCUGGACCUCCAGGCGUCCCUCCAGGGGCCCCCACCCUCAGGUUGACCAGCAGCUUCUCAGUGGGUUCAGGAAUCUGUCGUCGUCCAGUGAAAUGUUUGUGGAGGAGUUUGAUGGCGUCGUGUGAAGGAGAGAAGCUGUAUAACUCUCAUGGUCCAGAGCUCAGAAGGUCUCUCUUCUCCCUCAAACAACUGUUCCAGGACGACAAAGACCUGGUCCCAGAGUUCGUGGCAUCUGAAGGUUUGACGUGUUUCAUCAAAGUUGGAGCUGAGGCCGACCACAACUACCAGAACUACAUCCUGAGGGCUCUCAGUCAGAUCAUGCUCUUCGUGGACGGUAUGAACGGGGUGAUAAACCACAAUGAGACGGUGCAGUGGCUCUACACACUGACAGGAAGUCUGUCUCGUCUGGUGGUGAAGACGUCUCUGAAGCUGCUCAUUGUCUUCGUUGAGUACUCAGAGUCCAACAGUCCUCUGCUCAUCAGUGCUGUCAACACGGUGGACGGAAAGAGAGGUGUGAAACCGUGGAGUUACCUGGUGGAAGUUCUGUUGGAAAGAAAUGGAUCAGACACAGAACUGCUUAUGUUCACCAUGACACUCAUCAACAAGACUCUGUCCGUCCUCCCAGACCAGGACUCCUUCUACGAUGUGACUGAUUGUCUGGAGCAGUUGGGGAUGGAGACGAUCGUCCACAAACACUUGAACAACAAAACAACAGAACCAGACCUGAAAGCUCAGUUCAUGGCCUACGAGGCGGCUCUGAGACAUGAAGACGGAGACAUGGACGACUCGUCCCCCCACCUCCGUAAAGACAGAAGGAAGAUGGCUGCCAGCGAGCAGGAGGGACGGAGGAGCCGCCGUUCGUCCAGUCAGAACCUCCCAGACCUCCUGUCCUCCUCCUCCUCCUCCUCUCCCACCCCCCCAGCUCUCUUCUCCCCCUCCACCACCAGCAACAACCCCCUCUCCCCCACCGUCUCCUCCCCCAGCACCACGGGGGGGCUCGGCAGCAGGGCCUCGUCUCCUCUGGUUUCAGAAGCCAGUAGCUCCGCCUCCAGCCCGGCUGGGUCCCAGAGAGGGUCUCCACUGCCCCCCCCCUCGGACCCCAAUGGAGACGUGACCUCGGAGCAGGAAGAGAAGACUCCACAGAGCCCCAGGAGUCGCUCUUUCCUCAGUCAUCACAUGUCGGCUCUGGGUCUGAGCAGGAAGUCCAGACUCUUCUCCAAAGCCAGCUCCAUCUCUGAGGAGCCUCCAUCCGCCGGCAGCUCGUCCUCAGAUGUCUCUCUCCAGCAGAACUCGUCGUCUCCGUCCAGCAACAAGAUGGAAAGUAAGACGGGCUUCAGCUCUGGGGAGGAAGACCAGGUCUUCUGUUCAGGGGACUCUGAUGUAAAUCAGGACAAACCGGUCCUGAGGAAGUUUAGAGGGAACUUCCUGCGCAGCCUGGAAGCUACACAAGCUGGAAAGAAGAGAAGAAGUAAAAACCUCACUCAGGCCAAGUUUUCCUCCUUUGAUGAUGUCACGACUACGAGCCCACAGCCGACACCCGAGGAUGAAGAGACGUCACAUCAUGGUUCAACGUCCAGCAGUCUGGACACUGAGAAACACUCCAACUCCCAGAAUGCACCAGCAGCGCCCGUCCAGCAUCAGUGCAGCACGUUGUCCAACGACACCAAGUUCCUGUUGGACAUGUUGUACUCGAAGACGCCCAACACCACAGAAGAAGAAGAAGGAAGCCUCCUGCCCGGUGAGGAUCCAGGUCCUGGUUCUGGUCGGGUGUUGGAGCGUCUGUCGAGUAUCAGAGCGCGCUCAGUGGAGCCCACCGCCCCCAGUGAGAGCAGCACCUCCCGCAGGGCGGAGCUGGAGGUUCUGGAAGGUUCUGCCCAGGCAGCACGGGCCCGACUGGCCCAGGAGCAGCAGCAGCGUCUCCUGAAGCAGCAGACCAGUAUCGACGUGGAGACCCACGCCCGCCGCCUGGAGACCACCCAGAUGACCCCCCUGGGUCCUGGGGCCUCCGGAGGCCCUGAUGCCUGGGACCAGCUCCAGCCUCGCGCCUCCGCCCUGCGCAUCAAGGACCUGGACUUCUCCGACCUGCUGGACGAGGAGGACAUUGACGUGUUGGACAUGGACACCUCCGACUCCAGCUCCUCGUUCUCCCGCCUCUCUGGCCUCCCUCCGCCUCCCCCUCCUCCCCCAGGAAUGGCUGGAAUUCCUCCUCCACCUCCCCCACCUCCUCCACCUGGAGGUAUGGCUCAGGCCCCGCCUCCCCCACCUCCUCCACCUGGUAUGGCCCCGCCCCCUCCCCCAGGUGCUCCUCCUCCCCCUCCUCCUGGCUCCUUGUUCUCCAAACAGAAGAAGAAGACAGUGAAGUUGUUCUGGAAGGAGCUGAAGCAGGCGGACGGACCCAAGAAGUGUCGCUUCGGUCGGGGGACGGUGUGGGCGUCUCUGGACAAGGUGGCCGUGGACACCGCCCGCCUCGAGCACCUGUUUGAGUCCAAAGCCAAGGAGAUGGCUGUCGCCAAGAAAGGACCUGAGACCAAGAAGACUGCGAUCCUGGUCCUGGACCCAAAGAGGAGCAACGCCAUCAACAUCGGGAUGACUGUUCUACCGGCGGUCCACGUCAUCAAGACCGCCAUCCUCAACUUCGACGAGUACGCCAUCAGCAAGGAGGGCAUCGAGAAGAUCCUGACCAUGACUCCCACCGAGGAGGAGAAGCAGAAGAUCCAGGAGGCUCAGCUGGCCAAUCCUGACGUCCCCCUGGGGACAGCGGAGCAGUUCCUGUUCAGCCUGGCCUCCAUCAACGCCCUGACGCCCCGUCUCCAGCUCUGGGCCUUCAAACUCAACUACGAGGCUCUGGAGAAGGAGAUUGCAGAGCCUCUGUUUGACCUGAAGCUGGGUAUGGAGCAGCUGGCGUCCAAUCAGACGUUCAGGAGGAUCCUGGCCACGCUGCUCGCCAUCGGAAACUUCCUCAACAGCUCCAACGCUAAGGGCUUUGAGCUGAGUUACCUGGAGAAGGUGGUGGAGGUGAAGGACACCGUCCACCGUCAGUCUCUCCUUCAUCACACCUGUAGCCUGGUGGUGGAGAACGACCCAGACUCCUCCGACGUCUACUCUGAGAUCCCAGCCAUCACCCGCUCAGCCAAGGUGGACUUUGAGCUCCUCUCAGAGAACCUGAUGCAGCUGGAGAGACGCUGCAAAGCAUCAUGGGAUAACCUGAAGGUUGUGGCUAAGCAUGAAACCAAAGCGGUGCUGAAGAACAAGAUGGCCGACUUCCUGAAGGACUGCACUCAGAGGAUCAUCAUCCUGAAGGUGGUCCACCGCAGGGUCAUCAACAGGUUCCACUCCUUCCUGCUGUUCCUGGGCCAACCUUCUUCCUCAGUCAGAGACAUCAAGGUGACCAGCUUCUGCCGGAUCAUCAGUGAGUUUUCUCUGGAGUAUCGAACGACCAGAGAACGUGUCGUCACACUCAAGCGCAAACGAGCCGCCCACCGAGAACGGACCAAGACCAGAGGGAAGAUGAUCACCGAGACGGAGAAGUUUUCAGGGGCGGUGCCUCAUCAGGAGAACCCCGUCCCCGUCUCCAUGGCAGCGGAGAUGGAGGCGGAGCCAGACCAGGAGGAGGAGCAUGAGAACAUGAAGAACCUGCUGAUCAGCGACAGCCGCCUGAGUCUGGAUACGCGAGGCCUGAGACGGUCCAGAGGCAUACGAAGUACCGGCAGGUUGAGUCUGGCCCAGACGUCUGCAGCCAAAGAUGACGGGAUCAGUUCCCAGGACGACGCCACAGAUGAGAUCAUGGACCGCCUGGUCAAGUCCGUUACCCAGAAUCCCUCAGACAGACCAGAGAGCCCUAAGACCCGCAAACGGUCCCGACUGAACAGGAAGUCCCUGCGGAGGACUCUGAAGAGCGGCCUCAGUCUGGACGUGGUUCAAGCUCUGGGCCUCAACAGCAAGACGGGACAACAGCUGUGAUUUCAGAUCUUCAUCAGUCAGGAGGAGCAGGAGGAGCAGGAGGAGCAGGAGGAGCAGGAGGAGGAGGAGGAGCAGGAGGAGGAGCAGGAGGAGGAGGAGCAGGAGGAGGAGGAGAUGAACUGAAAGCGAAUCAACAGGAAAUUAAAUGUUUCCACACAGUUCAGAGUUAAAAGAACCACAUGAGGUGUUUGUUGUUUCCACACAGCAGGCUAACUGCCCUAAUGCUAAGCUAAGCUAAGUGAGGCUAGGCUAACAUGUUCACUGAGAGGUGAAGGUUUUAAACCCUGGAGGAACCGACGUUUUUUAACUUUAACAUCAACUCCAACGUUUUCUAGAGAUAAAGAUGAAUGUGUUUAAUAAUUAAUAAAGAUUUUUAAUAAGGAUAAUUUUCACUGA